AGUAGAAUAUGGAAGGAGAGAAAAGAACGGCAUCGUAAAUGAACGGAAUGAGGCGAUGCGCAGAAUUUAACAAGAAAGCGCGCGGCAUAUUUCGAGUGUAUUGAAAAAUCAUAAUUGUCAUAUUGUAUCUUGAAAAAGGAAAUAUGUAUGUAUCUAUAUUAAAAUGUAUGCCUGAUAUAAUGUAAUACUAUUAAAAGUUUACUAUUAUAAAAACAUACAAAACUGCGGUGCAUACAAAAACAGUUAAAGGGUCCCUAGCCGGAAUUGUAAACAUCAAACUGAACGCCGCAUAAACGUGUUUCUUGAUCGGCAUUCAAAAAUACAAAUAAUUUUAAAACAAAUAGUACUAACUGUCAUUUUAAUUACCAUGGACGAUAAUCUUUCGGAUUUGAAAACAGAUGAAACCGCUCAAGAGGAUAUUUCCAAUCUAGACAAAUUAACGCAGUCCUAUUUAUUGUUAAAAAAGAAAAUUGCUGGAACUCAUGAAUUAAUUAAAAAAUAUAAUGAUAAAACAAAAAAAUGUGAACGAUUAAAGCAAGAGCUAGAUACAGCAAGUAAAGCUAUAAAGGAAACAACAUAUAAUUAUAAUUCUACUUUAGCAAAAAUUAUUAAAUUGGAACUUCAAAAUACAGAAUAUAAAAAAAGCAUUGAAACUCUGACUACACAAGUUAAUGAAGCUAAUAUCAAGGCAGCAGCUGAUCAGCAGCAUAUACAACAAUUAAUAUGUAAAAUAAAGGACACAGAAGAAGAUCAAAAUCACAAGAUAAUACAAUAUGAUUUAGAAAAAUCCUCACUUCAAGUAAGAAUCAAGGAAUUGGAACAGGAGUUAAAAAAUGUAAAAAAAUCCUAUGAUACAAAAAUGAAAAAGAUGGAAAAGAAAAUUUCUGUAAAAAAUGAAGAUAAAGCAAAGUUACAGGAUGUUGGAACUAAUACAUCGACUAGAAAGACAAUAAUGCAAAAUCCGGAAGUCACAGAUAAAAGCGUAUUAACGGACAAUUUUUAUAAUGUCAAGGAUGUCUUAUAUCCUAUAUUUUGUGACAACUGCGAUGUUCUAUUAGAUCCACCUCCCCUUGAGAAAAUAUGCACAAUUAUGAGCAAUUCAUGUCCAAAACUUGUUGAAAAGAUUCAAUCUCCACCAAAAAGAUUUCCAUCUCCACCAAAAAGAUUUCCAUCUCCACCAAAAAGAUCUCCAUCUCCACCAAAAAGAUCUCCAUCUCCACCAAAAAGAUCUCCAUCUCCACCAAAAAGAUCUCCAUCUCCACCAAAAAGAUCUCCAUCUCCACCAAAAAGAUCUCCAUCUCCACCAAAAAGAUCUCCAUCUCCAUUACAAUCAUCAAUAGAUAUAAGGGAUGGACAACGGUGUAAGACUGAAACUUUGUUAACAUUAUCAGACACUUCUUCGCAGCAUUUACCGAAUCAGAACAAUCGUGUAGAGUUUAUUCCAACAAGUCUGUUAACGCCCCAUACGAUUUCGUUAGGUCGCUCGGAUUAUUGUAAUACUUUUCCUCCGACAUCGAAUUUAAUAGAUCCAAGUACAUACUAUAUCGGAUCGACGCCACUUAAUCCGUUAUCAAGGACAGAUUCGAAUACAACUAAUCAGAAUAAUCAUUGUGAGAAUAUGGUAACGCCUACGUUAUCGAUUAUUUUGUCGUUACAAAAAAGAAUCGAUAUGUUGGAAAUGAAAAUGAAAAUGAAGGAGAAAUUAAAUAAAAAGGGCUUAAAUCAAAACCAUAGCUGUUGUCAGCAUCAUCAUCUAAAUGCUUGUAGUAUGUACGAUAUAAAUAACUCUACGCGAUUUAAUUUCAAUGAAUUGAGAAAACUGAUGGACGCUUACAGAAGAAAAGAAACAAAAAAAUUUAAUGGGCAUAAAACGUUGAGGAAAUUAUCUCGAUUAAAAUGCAAAAGACUACAAAAUGUGUAUACUGGUUUUUGGAAAAUUGAAUCAAUUGUUAACAAAACUGAACGAACUUCUCUUAAGAAAAAGCUUAAGAAGAGAAAGUAUCGAAAUUCGUUUCUCAGAAAAUCUGAUAAUUUGUUACAUAGUACAGAAGACAUAGAAGAGUUAACUGGUGACAGUAAAACAAAUAUUAAUGUAGAAUCUAAAAGCGUAUUACGUAUAAGAAGAUCUAGCUUGUCUUUGAAUUCUGAUCAUACAAAUAGAAAUGAAGCUGAAGCAAAAAUAGUACGAAAUUUGGUUGAAUGUAGUAAGUCAGUAGGAGGUGAAACCGAUUCAGGAAUAUUAUCGGAUUCUAUUGAAUCUGGUAAACUGAUCCGAUCUGAAGCAAAUACGGACAUAUAUUCGGCACUAACAGAGCAUAAAAGCGCGAUAGAAAUAAAAUCUUCUAUGGAAAAUGAAUCAUGUUCUAUUGAGCAUAUUAAACCGGUAAACGAAUCCCCAAUAAAAGUAGUACACGUAUCACAUUUAGUAAAAUUGGAUAAAUCAAUUGAAAAAACUAAUACUUUAAAUACAGACAUGUCAGAAACGCCACAAUCUGAUAGGAAAAGGAAGAUAAGUGAAAGCGAAAUUAAAAAAUCCGUUAUUCGACCAAAGUUGCUGGAAAAAAUAAAAAAUUUAAAGAAGAAUAGUAAAAUCAUGAAAACAUGUCAAAAUGUGUUGGAACAUCAAGAUAUGCAGAAUUAUGAGCAUGAAAAUGGUAAUAUAUCUAAAAAACAAGAAGGUUUAGACAAUAAUUCUCAAGUAGUCAAAAAGGAUGAUUAUAUACCUAAAAAGAAAUCUCGUAUUGCACACGUACCUAAGAACACAAUGAUUAAACAAAAGAAAUUAAACAAUGUUCCAGAGUUCAAGAAACAAUUAAUAAAAGAUUUAGAAAAUGCCAACUGUACUGAUUUAAAUGAAUUGAAAGAAGAUAAUAAUGAGUUGCAAAAAAUUUGUGGUAAUAAUAUACAAGAAACUCAAUUAAUUUCUUCAAAGGUACAUUCUAGCAGUACUGAAAAUAUUGUAGGAGAUGCUGUUCACGAAAUACCAAUUACCGAUAUUAAAAAUUUAUCAAGUAAUGUAAGAAACAAGACAUGCGGACAAGAUACAAACAUAACAUUUAAAACAAAUAGUAGGUAUAGUCUAUUUGAUACUACACUCAAUACUAAUUCUUUGGAAGGGGUAAUCAAAUUGAAUGAGAAAAAGACUGAUUCAAAUAAGAAUGACGAGCAUUUGAAACAUGUAUGUGAAAUUAAUUCUCUAGAUGUAAGAGAAAUCAACAAAACAAAUAGUACGAGCAAACAAGAAUUACUAAAUUUCAAUGACAAGUCUUCCACUGAUACUUCAGAGAUAAAUGAUAUAAGUGAAAGGAAUUUAUGUACUAAAGAAAUAACACGCACGAAUGUUUGUAUUACACAGGAAGAUUCUGCUAUAGAACACGAACUAAAAUCAUACUGUCUACUUAAAAUAUUGCAAAAACAUAUUAAUAAUAAUCCAUCUAAGAAGGAUAAGAAAAUGUGUAAUAAAAAAUUUUUACAUAUCGGUCUAAUGGCAGAUGAAUUCGUGAGUAAACAAUUGCAAAGGCUGAUAGAUAAUGAUUGGCAGAAUUCCAUACAUUGGGAUGUGAUUGAAAAACUGAAAUUUACCUGUAGUUCUCGUAUUAUAGCAAAAGGAAUUAUAGAAUUCUUAAGCACAGAACAGGAACAUAACAGAAAUUUAGAUAAUAGUUAUACACCGCCUGCACCAUUAAUGACAAAAGCACAACAAAGAAUAUCAGCAUUAUUAAUUGACCUAGAAAAAUCAAUGCCCACUGUAUUUCAAUUUGUUCAAGUUGGCAUAGAGUACAAACUUUUUAGACUUAAUCAAGGAAUAGAGAGAUAUGCAAUAGAAUCUCUUGCUAGAAUGUAUACGGUUUUAGCACGAAUUAAGAAGGAUCGAGAAAAAGUGAGGAUAUUUUGUUGCGAUGCUUUGUAUUGUUUGGGAGUUCAUGCAAUACUUAUUUUAUAUACAGUACUCACUUCUUGGCCAGAAGUAUUUCCAAAUAACGAAACAAGUACUAAUAGGUUAUUGCCAAAAUGUAUGGCACAUUUAAUUAUGGCGCAGCAAGCUAUGGACUAUCCUAAACUUUAUGCCUUAAAAAAUUUAGUGUCAAUGUUCUACAAAUAUCCAAUGGGAACAUUAUCGAAAGAUUUGCUCAAAGAACUUUUGACUGCACUUCAAGAAAGAAAUGAUAGUGAAGCAGAAAUCGCUAUUAUACUUCUUGCAAAAAGAGAAGGAACUAGAUGGACGCACACGAACAUUAUUAAGGGUGCACUGUUAUCUAUGAUAAUUAACGAGAAAUUUCCGAGCACAUAUCGAGCGUUUUCUUUAUUAGGUAAUUUGAUGCGUGUAUUCCCAAUAGAAGAUAAAGAUAAUUUAGUUGGUCAAAUUGUAGAACAACUGUGCGAUUUAAUCAAUUCCGAUAAAGGAUCAGAUGAGCAAAAAGAAGGAGUUUUCUCAGCAUUGUUGAGUUUAUCGAGGCAUAAAUUUGAUGAAGUGAUACAGAAUACGUUAAAGUGGACUCCAUCUAUGCCAUUGCAUGAUCGAACCAUGGAACAGAUUAGUGGAUUAUUUAAUACGCGUGACCCAGAUUUUUGGAGGGCUUAUUUAAGAAAAAACAAACAACUGUUCGUUACUUUGAAAGAAAAUAAAACGUAAUGCAUAGUUUUUUUAACCUCUUAACCUACGAUUUACGUUCGAGAAUUUUAUUAUAUAUUAUUAUUAUACAUAUACAAUAGUAUAUAUUAUUAUAUAUACUAUUAUAUAUUAUAUUUGGCCCGAUCAUCUUACUACGGACUAUGCCCAUAGUUGUAGGUUAAGGGGUUAAUAUGAACAAAUUGGGAAAUUAUGUGAUAUUUAUUGUAAGAUAAUUUAAAUUAUUCAAAACUCUGAAUUUUUCCAUUAUUCUUAAACAUAUUUAGGUUUUUCCAUUAAGGUUACGUUAAUCUCGAAUUUAUUUAAUUUUUCUUUUAAUCAAAGAUCGUGUUAUUCUAUUAAUCACGGCAAUUAUUAUCAGUUCUUUUUAUGACAUUUUAUUAUCAUUUUAUGAUCCUAUAAAACAGAAAUAAUGUUUCCUUUGUUAUUUCUGCAUGCAUAGUUUAAAAUUGUAACAAAUUACUGACUCUUUUAACUAAUUCUGAAAUUUCCUUUUUUUAUUUGUCAAAUUGUAUGAUACUUUAAGUGACAAUUUUCUUAAGUAUUGUAAUAUGUAUGUAUAUAUUAUAUGUAACAUAUAGAAGACUAUGUGAAAGAGAACUCCAACUGAUAACAUAAUUUUGAUAAGCCAAAGAAGCCAUUUCGUACGUGAAAUAAACAUGCUUCCAUAAACUGAUUAA